AAAACAUAGGCUACAAAUCAGCCAUUUCAGAUAUCAAAAGUUCAGUACUCAUAAGAAAAAACCUCUCAAUUUCUGCAUAAUUCCAUGGCUGCUAGCGAUCAAACACCGGGGCCAAUGCCGCCAGGUGAUGGCUCUGUGCCGCCAGGGAAAUCAAUGACAAUAGGGCAGCAUAUUAUAGACAAAGGGGCUCAAGUGAUGCAGUCUUUGAAACCCAUAAAGCAGAUGAGCCAACAUGUCUGCACCUUCGCUAUGUAUAGCCAUGAUAUCACUCGCCAGAUUGAGAUUCACCACUAUGUGAGUCGAAUCAACCAGGAUUUCCUUCAGUGUGCUGUUUAUGAUUCUGAUGACUCGACAGGACGCCUUAUUGGCAUAGAAUAUAUAAUAUCGGAUCGAAUCUUUGAAACUCUUCCACCUGAGGAACAGAUGCUCUGGCACACUCAUGAGUACGAGAUUAUUUCAGGCCUUUGGGUGAACCCAAGAGUUCCAGAAAUGCUGCAAAAGCCCGAACUUGAGAAUCUAGCUCGAACUUACGGCAAGUGUUGGUGCACCUGGCAAGUUGAUCGAGGUGAUAGGCUUCCACUUGGAGCACCUGCGUUGAUGAUGUCUCCACAAGGUGUGAACCUAGGCAUGGUGGCACCAGAGCUAGUGAAGAAAAGAGACGAAAAAUAUGGUAUUUCUUCACAGGAACUGGAAAAGACAAGAAUGGAUAUUGCUGGGCCAGAGACCAUGAAUCCCUAUGCUAACUAUUGGAUGCAAACCGGCAAGGGUUUUGCCAUUGAUGUCGAGCUUACUGAUAUGAAAAAGAGUGCACCUUUUCCAUGAUAUAUAUAUAUAUAUAUAUAUAUAUUAUAUAUAUAUAUAUAAGUAGCCUGUGUAUGGAUCACAUCCUAUGCUUUCAUGUGUUUAAUAAUGUAAUUAACCUCUCUUUUAGUCGUAGCAUAGCUCUUUCGUUCACUAUUAGUUCUUUGCUUGAUUGUAAUCUGAAUACUCAAUAUUUUGCGUAAACAAUGUUACGAAGAUUUAUGAGGAAGUACUAUGUAAAAUUUCAUCUAAUGUUUCA